AUGGCUCUUGCGAGCUUGGUAUCGUUCGCCCAUACCGGCGUACAAGCGGCAGAACCGAAUCGCUUCGUUUCUCUCAAUGUUCCGUUACGACUCUUCUCUCAAAUCCGACCAAUUGAUGGAUCGUGGCAGUCCUUCUCCAUCGAAUUCUCAUACAUGGCUGACUACUUGGGUAAUAUGAGCCACCCGAACAUCCUUAGCCACAACCUCCUCACCAACCUCCUGGAUCGCUCCGGCAAGAACGUGAUUAUUCGUGCCGGAGGCUCAACAGCCAAUAUCGCGCUCUUCAACGAAUCCCAACCCUACGCCAUCGAAAACUUCUUCAACGGCAGCACCAACGUCGGCCUCACGGGUGCCAACACCGACCAGCCCUCUAAGUCCAUCCUCGGCCCUGCGUGGUUCGAAGCUUUCCAAACCGCACCCAAUGGCACGCAGUACAUCUAUGACCUCAAUUACCGCGACAAUAGCACUGCCGGUGUGAACGCUACCGUCGAUGUCGCAAAGCGUGUGUAUGACAUCCUCGGCCCCAGUCUUUACGCUUUCGAGUUGGGUAACGAGAUGGAUAAUAAGUGGAACCAUACGUAUCGACCCGAUAACUGGGGUCCGGAGCUGUAUACACAAGAGUAUCUGGAGUAUACGAAGUUGUUCGAAGAGCACGUGUUCAAGGAUCCGAUUGCUGCGCCAAUGUUUCAGAUGGGCACGUUGAUGGGGAGCGGUGGGGCGUUUAUCAAUCAGCCGUGGAACUCGGAGGUUAUUUUGGGGCUGGGGAUUGAUCGGUACGGGCAGAUUAAAAGUGCUUCACAACACGACUACCACGGCAGCAACUGCAAAUCCACCAAAGAAAUCGCCACCCUCCGCCAAAACCUCCUCAACCACACUAACGUCGUCACCCGCGCGUACCCGCACAUGCACAUGUCGCCCGUCGUCGACCGCUACGGUGUCGAAUACGUGAUUGGCGAAACAAACAGCAUCUCCUGCCAGGGCCGCGACCUUGUCUCCAACGUGUUCGGCUCUGCGCUGUGGUACCUCGAUUACAGUUUGUACAUUGCGAGCGCGACUAUGGUAAGCAAGAUGUACUGGCAUAUGGGUACCCCAUAUCGCUAUAGUCUCUGGAGUCCGUUUCUGGCUGAGGUGAAUAGUCAUUCGGCGCUGGUGAGGCCAAGUUAUUAUGGUGCAUUGGCGAUUAGUGAGGUGCUUGGUGGUAGUGAAGGGGAUGGAAGGAAGAGACAGGUGCAUGCGGUGCUAGAGGAGGAGACUCUCGUCGCGUAUGCGGUGUAUGACAGUGGGCGACUGGACAGCCUAGUGGUAGUGAAUAUGGAGCCGUGGAAUGCGACGCAGACCGGACCCAGGCCAUAUACGCGGUUUUGGCUCCCGGAGAGGUUGAUGGGAAGUGCGAGGGUGAAGAGAUUGACGGCGCCGGGGAGCGACGUCAAGACAGGGGCAACUUGGGGCGGGCAGACGGUUGACGAAGAGGGGAAUGUUGUGGGGAGAAUGGUGGCGGAGUCGUGGAAUGCUGGGCAGGCGAUGGAUGUUGGGUAUGCCGAAGCUGCUGUGCUGUGGUUCAAGUGA